AUGUCGAGCUCCACGAACCCGAACGGCGCUGCGCGAGAAGACGGCCGGGCCCCCAAUCAGCUGCGGGAGCUGAGUUGUGACUUUGCUGUCAACUCGGCGGCUGAUGGAUCAGCUCGCUUUCGUUUGGGCCAGACCUGUGUUGAAGUCUCCGUUUUCGGCUUUCGCGGAGUCCCCGUCCGCAGCGAGCUCCCAGAUCGCAGUGCGAUCGAAGUAUCGUUUCGAGGCGUGGGCGGUCAGCGCAAAGUGACAGACGCGGCGGCUGAAAACUUUUUGCGCGAGUGCGUGGACUGUGCCCUGCAGGUCCACGAGCAACCCCGGUCGCAGUGCGCCGUUGCCGCCCACGUGGUCCAGGAUGAUGGGGGUGUCUUGGCCGCCCUUGCUUCUGCCACUUGCCUUGCCCUCCUGGAUGCCGGGCUUCCAAUGACCAACGUCUUUGUUGGUGUCUCAUCUGCCUUUGACGCCAAGGGAGGUUUUCUCCUUGACCCGUCAGCCACAGAGGCCCAGGCCUCGGCAAACGCCACCGUGGUGUUGUCGUGUGGUGCUGAAGGCGGUCGAGUCCUGGCCUGUGAGCAACAUGGCCCCUUGACCCCCACUCAACUGGAUUACGUCCUGCAGAGCAGUCAGGCCACGGCGGCCGCAUUUGCAGCCUUCGUGCGCAAGUCCUUUGAACGAAGCAAAUCCCCACUUGGGUUUUGCCCAAUCGUUCACAUCUACCCGGACCCCUCGUCCCCAUUCGCUCUGCCCGUGCGGCGUACACUAGAGCCAGACUAG